AUCUGCUAUGUAGCUAAUCCAAUCCAAGCCGAUACGCACGUUUGCUGUUGUUGCGGUCGUGAAGUUGCUUUAGUAUUCUUAUUUAUUACCUGUAAAAUCAUGUCCGAUUCAGACUCAGAAUCAUAUGAUGAAGAUGCACAGCUGCAAGAUGCUCUGGAAAAGGGAGAACUGCAGCCCGGACUUUAUGCUGUCGCACCCCACGUAAGGAAAGAACACAUCAACAACACCGUAGCUUUGACGCAAAAGCUGGCAGAAAUCCAACUUGAUCUUGACUGGAUUGAGACGCUUGACAUGGUCAACGGUCUAGCACCAUUGACACCUGAAUUGAGGGCACAAUACGGAGAACUUCAGCUCCAACCAAAGCAGAAAGGCAAUACUGCAGAUUACAUGGAUGGUGAUCCUGUACACCAUGAUUUCCUGCGUGAAAUGACCUUUUAUCGCCAAGCACAAACCGCUGUACGAGAAGGCAUCCCAAAGCUCAAACAGCUCGGUGUCACCACAAAGCGGCCCGAAGAUUAUUUUGCAGAAAUGGCGAAGUCUGACGACCACAUGAAAAAGGUCAGAGAAAAGCUACUUAGCAAGAAGAAUGCAAUGGAAAGGUCAGAGAGAGUGAAGCAGCUGAGAGAGAUGAAAAAGUUUGGCAAGAAGGUACAAACCGAAGUGUUGCAGAAGAGGCAAAAAGAGAAAAAGGAGAUGAUGGACAACCUCAAAAAGUUGAAAAAAGGACAAGGUAACCUGGACUUUCUCGACACCAGAAGUCCAAGGCCGGGCGGCCUGCAAGGUCAGCAAGGAAAGCCGGUCAAGAAGAAGCUGACAAAAAAGCAGAAGAUGAAGGAUAAGAGGUACGGCUACGGCGGGCAGAAGAAACGCUCAAAGUACAACACAGCAAGCAGUUCUGCGGAUGUAUCUGGAUAUAGCAAGAGAAAGUACAACAUGACUUCGAAACAGAAAUUAAAAGUCAAAAGCAGACCAGGAAAACAGAGAAGGCAACAGAUGAAGAGUAGGCAGAACCGUCGUUGACGGAACUUCGAUGGUGUAUAAAAUGUGAAGAGGGACUGAUUUUCA